AUGAAGCUAUUCUCAUGGCUACCCAUAUGCGGUAUCGUCAUUAGUCUGUUGAACUUGACUCUAGCUGCCGAUGAGUUUGUGCCCAAAGUGACAAGAACCAUCUCGAAACUAUCGUUUAAUGUAGCCGCUUUUGAUGACUCCACCAUCUUACUGAAAUUGGAAGAUAAUGUCUUAUAUCGUACUACUAAUAAUGGGGAAACAUGGAACCCCGUGAAGGGGAUUGAUGGCGAUGUUAUUUGGGUCGAUAUUGAUGAAUUUAACAGUCAUGACAGAGCCUUUGUUACCUCCAGAAAACUUGGUGAAUUUUACGUUACCGACGACCAAGGUGACUCCUGGAGAAAGAUUUCCAUUGAUGUUCCUGAUAAUGGUGACCCAAGUCCAUGUGGACUCUUUACACAUCCAACAAACAAAGAUUUUUUGAAUGUAAGAUGCAAUGUUUGUGAAAAGAGGGCCCAAAACCAACCACGUGAAGCUGAUAAAAACCCAAAACCUAGUGUUCCACCACCACCACCACCGGGGAAGGAGAUUGGCAACUUAUAUAAUCCAAAUCGUCCCCGCUGUCAAUUGCUUACCUUUGUAUCGAAAAAUAAUGGGAAAUCGUUUACUCAAAUCAAGGCACCAUCUUUCGAUGCCUCGAAGAAGGACCAUCUCGAAACAACACAAUGUUCAUUUAUUAGAUCAACCAAGGGGUCUCAAUUGGGUGAUUCCGAAUCUAAUCUCUUAUGUCUAUACAAAGUCGUAGAGGAGAAUUCUGAGAAAUCAACUUUGGAAAGAACUAUUACUGACUUAUUCGUCACAUCCGAUUGGGGGAAGACAGUUAAAUCCCUAGAUACAUUUAAAGAUUUGGCAAUCUCUUCAUUCAAUGUUUUAGAUUCUAGUAUCCUCAUUCAAACAAAUGAAGAUGCAUAUAAUUCCAAUUCCGCCAAGAAGUUAUGGGUCUCCAGAGAUGGUGUAACAUUCAAAGAGGCAUAUCUUCCAACUGAAUUAAGAUACUCUAUAUCGGGAAAGAUAACAGAAGAUUCCGUCGGUAGAAUUAUUUUACCUAUCAAUGCGAAGAAAACAGAAGAUGAGAAGGAUACUUCAGUGCUCGCUGAGAUCUUGAUAUCAGAUUCUUCAGGAUUAAAAUUCGAACCAUUUGAAUGGUCCAAGGCAGAUAUUAGAGGAUAUUCACAACUUUCUCAACCUAAGCAUUUGAAAGGAACAAUGCUUGGUUCGUUUUUCCCCAGAAAUCGUCGUGCUCGCAAGGGUUCUAAGAAACAACAAGAAAAAUCUUCUUCAAAGGGCAUAACGAAGAUAUCUGUUGAUAAUGGCCAAUCUUGGAGUAACUUGAGGAUUGUCGAUUCUAAAAAUAAAGACCUUUUCCCAUGUGAUAUUGAUGACGUUGAAAAAUGUUCACUUCACAUUCCAAUGAUGUUGUUUGGGAGUGAUGACUAUGUUAGUGCAGGAAUCAUGAUGGCAGUUGGUUUUGCAGGUGAUGGUUCUAAUUCUGAUUGGGAAAAUGAACAAACUUUUCUCUCCAGAGAUGGUGGUUUAACAUGGCAGUUAGCCUUUGAGUUCCCAACCGUUUUUGCUAUGGGUGAUUCAGGUAACGUCAUUGUUGCUGUUCCCUUUAACCCAGAGGAGGACGACGAUCCGGAGGCUGAAUUUUACUAUUCACUUGACCAAGGUAAAUCGUGGACCGAAUAUCAAUUACAGAAACCUAUUAUCCCAGUUACACUUACUUCCACAACUCCAGAUGGUUCCGGACUCAAUUUUGUCUUGAGUGGAAUGGAUUUUAGCCAACCUAAGGCAUCAUCUGAUAGUAAUUUUAUUUAUGCGAUUGAUUUUUCAGAACUCUUCAAUGGAAAGAUUUGUAAAACUGAUGAUUUUGAGACAUGGUCCUUGGCCGAAGGUAAAUGUGUUGCUGGUGUUAAAUACUCUUACAGCAGAAGAAAGCAGGACGCAAAAUGUAUUUCCAAAAAACUAUUUGAAGAUCUUCAAUUAAAGGAAGAAAUCUGUGACCAGUGUACCAAGGAUGAUUACGAAUGUUCUUUUGAAUUUUCAAAGGAUCAGAACGGAGGAUGUGUUCCAGAUUACAAAUUGUUAUCCCUUUCAGGAGCCUGUUCAAAAGCAAAGAAUGAUGCAAUCCAACUAAAACCAAUGCAAUUAAUUAGUGGAACUAAGUGUAAGAAGGAACUACAAGUGGAUACUGUGAAUGUGCCUUGUAAGGGUGUUCCUGAUUCAAAUAAGCAUAAAGAUAAAGGUAAAAAUAGAGGUGAACCAAUAGUUGUUACGGAGAACUCGUUUGACGGUAAAAUGAUGUUCUACCAAUAUUUUGAUUCCAUUGAUCAUGAAUCAGUAAUAUUAGGUGACACUGAUGGUAAAUACUAUAUUUCUCACGAUGGUGGCCAAACUAUGCAACCAUUUGAUUCUGACGGUGAAUCCAUUGUAGAAGUCGUGUUUAAUCCAUAUUUCAAUACGUCAGCAUACCUGUUCGGUAAAGAUGGGACCUUGUUUGUUACUAACGAUGGUGGUUACACAUUUACAACUACUGAACUGCCAGAUACCAUCCAACUAGGUUUCCCACUAGACUUCCAUGCUAAGGAUGAAAAGACUUUUAUUUACUACGGUGGUAAGAAUUGUGACUCAAUUCUUAGCGCUGAUUGUCAUCCAGUAGCCUAUAUCACCAAAGAUGGUGGUCAAACAUUUAAAGAGUUGUUAGAUAGCACAAUUCAUUGUGAAUUCUGUGGCUCACAAUACAAACAUCCAUAUGAUCAAAAUAUGAUUAUAUGUCAGGUUAAGGAAACAGGAUCUACCAAACGUACUUUGGUUUCUUCCACUGACUACUUUAAGAACGAUAAGAAGGUAAUCUUUGAUAAUAUAUUAGGCUAUAUGUCUGAUGGUGAAUUCAGCAUUGUUGCUGUGAUUCACGAUGAAAAGGAACUUAGGACUUAUGUUUCAGCUGAUGGUGAUGAAUUUGCAGAAGCUAAAUUACCUCAAGAUUUGGAAAAUAUCAAACAGAAAGCGUUUACUGUGAUCCCAGCACAUUCACCAUCUGUAUUCUUACAUUAUACCACGAACUCCGGUCGUGGUGUAAGCUUUGGCCGUCUACUAAAAUCAAAUUCUAAUGGUACUUCUUUCGUUACAUUGGAACCAGGAGUCAAUAGAAACGAUGCCGGUCUAGUUGAUUUUGAGAAGAUUCAGGGACUGGAAGGGAUAAUGGUGAUAAACGUUGUUGACAACUUAGAACAAGUAAGAAGCAAGAAUGAAGCAAAGAAAUUGAAAACGAAGGUAACGUUUAACGAUGGGGCCGACUGGGAUUUUUUGAAACCUCCAACCAAGGAUUCUAAUGGAAAGAAGUACUCAUGUUCUUCUAAAAAUCUCAAUAAAUGUUCGUUGAAUUUACAUGGUUACACAGAACGUUCUGACUUCCGUGAUACAUACUCAUCAGGCUCUGCUCUAGGCUACAUGGUCGGUAUCGGUAAUGUCGGUGAAUAUCUACAGUCAUACGACGAAGCCUCUACGUUCUUAACAACAGAUGGAGGAUUAACCUGGUCCGAAAUAAAGAAAGGAGCUUAUCAAUACGAAUAUGGUGACCAUGGUGGUAUCAUUGUCCUUGUGGCAGAUAAAACCGCAACAGACACCCUUUCAUAUUCGUUGGAUGCAGGGAAGACAUGGACUGACUACAAAUUUGCUGAUGAAAAAAUUAUCGUUGAUGAUCUGAUUACUGUUCCAAAAGAUUCAGCAAUGAGAUUUUUAUUGAUUGGGCAAUCAUCAUCUAUUAGAGGUGCUAAUACUAAAACUUUUACCAUUGAUUUUAGUGGCAGUUUUAAGAGACAAUGUAUUCUAGAUGUUGAUAAUGAAGAUUCAGAUGACUUUGAUUACUUUUCCCUUAACCCAUCAAAGUCUGAAUGUUUGUUCGGUCACCAAAAACAAUACUUACAUAAGAUCCAUGACGAUUGUUUUGUUGGUAAUGUUCCAUUAACUGAUUUCACAAGGAUUACAAAGAAUUGCUCUUGUACUAGAAAUGAUUUCGAGUGUGAUUACAAUUUCUAUAAGGCCAAUGACGGUACAUGUAAAUUGGUUGAGGGGUUAACACCUAUUCCUGCAUCUGAUAUCUGUAAAAAGAACCCUGAUUUAAUCGAAUUUUCAGAACCAACUGGUUACAGAAUGAUCCCAUUAUCCACAUGUCAAGGUGGAUUAAAACUCCAUGUUGCAGCUGAUACCUACCCAUGUCCAGGGAAAGAACAAGAAUUUAAUACUCUCCAUGGCAUUGCUGGAAGAUCUUUUAUUUUAAUCUUCUUGAUUCCCUUCAUAAUAUUUGUUCUCGUGGCAUGGUUCGUCUACGUACGUGGUAUUAGACGAAAUGGUGGUUUUGCAAGAUUUGGUGAAAUUAGACUUGGCGAAGAUGAUUUGAUUGAAAACAAUGGUACUGAUAAAGCUGUAAAUUAUAUCGUUAAGACAGGUCUGUAUCUCUUUUCUGGGAUAUAUGCCGGUUAUCAACUAGCGAAACGUUCUACCAAUGGUCUAUUGUCAAAAUGGCAAAACAGAUCAAAUAGAAGAGGUCCAAGUUAUUCAUCUCUGUUGGAUGAUCAAUUCCUAGAUGAUGCUGACGAUUUAUUAACAGGACAUGAUGAAGAUGCUAAUGAUUUGUCUAGCUUUGCCGAUCAAGAUAGCAAUUUUGAUAUUGAUGAAGAUAGUAUUCCUCCAGAAAUUGUACCUCAGCCAUAUUCAGAUGAACAUCCGGCGGAUACUCCGGCUGUUGAAACAGACGAUGUGCCAGCUGCCGAGCAAGAGACAGAAGCAUCCACAAAUACCGAUACUACCUAA